AUGUACUUGCCUGAGGAGGUUAAAGAUCUGAUUGACAUAACUGCGGUCAAGUUUAAUGUGUAUGAUGAUACCUUUACUCAUCACACUCUCCUGUAUGAACUCACUGACCAGCACCGAGGAAAGGAUGCGUUCCUUAUUGUCCGAAGGGGUCAACCAUUUCAGAUGACCAUUACCUGUGACAGGCCUUAUGACCCCGAAAAAGAUGAGUUAAAACUGAUCUUUCAGACAGGUGACCAGCCACUGCCCACGAAGGGAACACUAGUGGAGAUGAUCUUAUCCGAUGCUGACCGUCCUAAGCAAUGGGGGGCUAAGUUAAUUAAAUGCUCCAGCAAUGACCUUUACCUAGAGGUGACAACUCCCCCAUCCUGUUCAGUUGGGCGCUGGAAGGUCAAGGUUAGAUCUGUACAGAAGACAGGGGAAACACGCCCACUUUCGAAAAUCUACAGCCACACACCACAUAUCUACAUACUGUUUAAUCCUUGGUGUAAAGAUGACCAGGUUUUCCUUGAUGAUGACAAACAACUUGAUGAGUAUGUCUUGAAUGAUACCGGAAAAGUCUUUGUUGGGAACACGAAGAGAAUCUAUGGUCGACCUUGGAUUUUUGGACAGUUUGAGAACCCCGUGUUGGACUGUGUCCUUGACCUUUUGGACAAGAACAGAUUUCCAGCAACAUUGAGAGGAGACGCUGUCCAGGUUGUUCGCAAGUUAACUGCUCUGGUAAACUCAUCAGACGAUGACAACGGUGUUGUGACAGGUAACUGGUCAGGUGACUAUGAGGGAGGGAAAAAGCCAACAUCCUGGACAGGAAGUGUGGCCAUCUUGGACGAAUACUAUAAGACAAAGCUACCUGUGAAAUAUGGACAGUGUUGGGUUUUCUCUGCUGUAAUGACCACCUGUUGUCGAGCCCUAGGCAUACCCACACGAAGUAUUACCAACUUUGCCUCAGCUCAUGAUACUGAUGUCUCAAUCUCUAUUGACUACCACUUUGAUGAGGAAGGAAACCCUAUGAAAGAAUACAACAUGGACUCAGUCUGGAACUUUCAUGUGUGGAAUGAUGUGUGGAUGGCACGUCCUGAUAUUACGAACCAGGAAUACGGAGGCUGGCAGGCAUGUGAUGCUACUCCACAGGAAACCAGUCAAGGACUGUAUCGCUGUGGACCCUGCCCUCUCAUGGCCAUUAAGAACGGGAAUGUAAAUGUUCCCUAUGAUGGACAAUUUAUAUUCGCAGAAGUAAAUGCUGACAAAGUAUACUGGCAAAGGGUUGAUGGCACAAUGAAGAAAAUCAAAGUCAAAAGUCAAGGUGUUGGUCAGUAUAUAAGUACCUUGAGACCUAAGGCCAUGGAGAGCUUCAGUUCCUCCUUACAGUCCCCAUGUAGGGACAGUCGCUGGGAUGACAUCACUAGCCAAUACAAGUACACAGAAGGUACUGGAGCAGAGAGAGCUGCAGUAUACACCGCUAACCUGACAGGAUGCUUGGCUGGUCUGUAUGACCAACCUCUAGAGGAAAGUCAUGACGUCUCAGUGAGAGUGGUUGACAAAAAACAAGGUAAUUACGGAGAGGACAUUACAGUUGAUGUGGAGUUUGAGAACCUAUCCAAGGAAAAGCGUUCAAUAAUUGGGACAUGGUGUCUACAAAGUUUUUACUCUACCGGAGUACUGGCUCAUGAUGUGAGAUCAGAGAAGCUUGAUAUUACCCUCAGCCCAGCAGAGAAGGCAUCUAAACAGAUGUGUAUAACCUUUGAGGAGUACAACAAGAAAACAAUGGAAGGCUGCUAUUUUAAGACUUUGUGUAUAUGUACAGUAAAGGAGACCAAUCAGACAGCUUCGGAAGAUGAUGAUUUUCGACUCAUCAAACCUGACCUGGACCUUGAGGUGCCUGCCGUGGUACAAGUUGGAGACACAUUUAAGGUAAUAGUGACGUUCCAGAACCCACUACCAGUUGUUCUGACACUUUGUAACUUGGAGGUCGAAGGACCAGGCCUGCGGAAACCUAAAAACAUCAAACAGAAUCCUGUGGGAGCUAAGCAGACCUUUAGAUAUGAAGUAGAGAUGACUGCAUCUAAACCAGGAACCAGAACAAUCAUCGCCAACUUUGAUUCAAUGGAAAUUGUCGAUAUCAAUGGCUGCUGUGAAAUAGAGGUCAAGGAGGAAACACAAUUUUGAGAUGUUCAGUUGAUGUUUUUACCAUAAAAUAACAAUGAACUGGAACCAUGCAUUUUACUCUUGCAAUUCAUUUUAAGCUUACCGGAAAUAUAUUUCGAAUUCUGGGCUUGUCCUUGCUAGAAGAUUUAAUGUACAUUGAAAGCGAACCCUGCAGUACUUAAUGACCAAAAAGUUAGUUCCUCAUGUUACAAUGUAAGUUUGGAUAAGGACGAUGAAGGUCACACUUAACUGUAAUACCAGGAAGGAAAAGACGAGGAGGAACAUAUAAGCAAAUGAUAGGGUAGAUUUACAACAUGUCACCAGAACACUGACGUUCGUCGGCGGGACGACGCGUGGACACAGGAGGCGAUGGAAGACAGGGUAGAAAACCUGUUAAGCAUGAGAUUUACAGAUGUUAAAGUGAUCUCAUUCUGUUAAUUCUCCAAUACACUAACACAAACAAAUCUAAUAAAAAAGGCUGCUUAUGGA